AGAAUACUCCAUCCAACAAGAAGCGAAAGCUUGGAAUAUUUCGGGCUCCAAAUUUCUUUGCGCAUGACCAUGCGCCAUGUUUGAUGUUUGAUCGUUGCUCGCAUUCAAGGUAACAGCUGUUUAUCUAUGUACAUGUGUUUGUGACAAGUGACAAUUUGUUUGUGUAAAUUUUCCUGUUUGGCGUUUUCAUAAUAUUUUAUAAUUGUUGAAAAAAGUAUAUUAAUAUUAAAAAUUAUUAAAAUAAACUAUAAUUGUGAUGGCUGCACGCAAAGGUGGAAUUUCUUCUGUGGUUCGUGGAUGCCAGACUAGAUCUGGGGAACAAAUAAGUCUUUUUUCAAUACCACGAGAUCGUAGCAGAGCUGAAUAUUAUGGCUAAAAGCUGCAAUUAGGGAAGAUUUACUUUCAAAGGAUGUCAAUGAAUUGCACAAAAAUUAUAGAAUGUGUGAGAAACAUUUUCAACCACAUUUCAUAUCGAAGGGGGGAAACGUAAGAAAAAAUUUAUUUAUACAAGCUCAUCCUACGAUAUUCCCAUACAACCAAGAUGUACAAUCUGCAGAUGAACCCUUAAGAAAGAUCAUAAGACUUGAAACACAGAUUGAAGAUAAAACUGAAAUAGAUAUUAUGCAGCCAGUUGCCAACAAAACUGAUGCCAGUCAUAGUAUGCAUAGUAUACCUGAUACUUUGAUGGAAGAAUCUCUGGUAACAGAUGUUGAUGUCAAUACCGAAGUAUCUACCAGACCCCAUACUCCAGCACACACAGUUUCAACUCAAACUCCCCCCAAAUUAUCUAGUAGCUCACCAAGGAAAGUAAAAUUACGAAUAAAAAUAAAAACUUUACAAAAAAAUAUUAGGAAAUGCAAAUCCCCCAAGAAGAAGAAGGAAAAUGAUAACAUUUAUUUAAAUAAAUUUAAUCAAAUGUGUGACAAACUAUUAAACAAGCCUUUAGCACAAAUAGUAAAAGCUCAAGCAUUAUUAAAAAGUAAACCUCCAAAAAGUAGGAGGUGUUCAUAUUAUCAUUUAUUUAUUAUCAUUUUCAUAUUUCUAGUUGUUUUUUGUAAAUGUGGAGUAUCAAAAAAAGUAAAUAAGCUUGAGCAUUGACAUUUAACGGUCUGGAAAGCUUUAUAAAAUUUGAUCAUCAAUCAGUUAGAAGACCUUCAACAUGUAACCCAGAUUCUGAUAAUUUGGUGAAGUUGUUGGCGUCAAAGAUUGUAUUUAAAAAAAUAAGCAAUUGGCUGUUUUCAAUUCUGAAACAAUCCUCUUGCCAUAAUAAUGGCAACGUUUUAUGCAACUAAAGACUUAUUUUUUUCUGAAUCAAAUUUGUUCUGUUCUGUUUUGUAAUAUGUUCUGUAAUCAAAUCUGAAUCAUCUUUACUUUCAUUCAUUUAUUUUUUUCUUUCCCCCUAUGUCUUGGAAUCAUUUUCACACAGUUUUUACAGUUUCAUCAUGACCCUAAUGAAAAUAAAGAUUUGACUUGAGCGCAGCUUUAUCAAUGCAUAUAACACAAUUUUUAUCCAAUUAUUCUGACAUAGUCUUACCUUUUAACUGGAUAGCAUUAAAUACAGAGGUCUGGAUUAAUCCAGGUUUACAAAUAAUAAUUGUUCCAGUCAUUUUUUUUUCAAACAACGUUUAGCUGGAAAAUAAAUAAUUUUUUUCAAAAAGUUUUAAACUUUGGUUUCAAAAAAGUAUAAUGUGAGAGCGAAUUAUUUGUAUUCCUUUGAAUAUCUUCUGGACUUUGUUACUUUUUUCUGCAACGGUGCUUGAGAUUUUACAAUUUAUUAAGAAAUUUUUCACACAUUUUUUUAAACCGUUCCUUCCAAUUCUUGUUUUGUGCCGUUUUGUUUUUUACAUAUUGUAUCUAAAAUUUUCCCUUUUCUGGUUUUAUGUUUCAGCUUAAAUGUGGUCCAUUUAACGUAGCUAAAUGAGUAGCAUUAUCCUAUAAAGGAAUUCUUCAACUCUUGCAACGGUAAGAAUCGAUGAAAUACAAAAUGGAAGAACUGAUUAAGAAGAAUGUGAAGGUAUAUGGGCAGUUUCAGGUAAAAUCCUUUGUGGAUCCGAAUGAAUUAUAUAAUGUAGGUUUAAGAAAAGUAUGUGAAAGUGAGUGUUAGACAUUGUUUUGUAGAGUUUGUAAAAUUUGUAUUCUCCGUUACCAGUGCAGUUGUGAUGAAUAUUUGGUGAGGAAUACCUUGUGUAAGCAUGUGCACUUGGUAAGAAUGUAUGAGUAGCAUGUGGGUACUAAUUCUGUUUUAGAUGAUGCUGCAAGGUGUUUGGAGAAACUUCAAUUAUCAAAUCAAGGCAUGAGGAGGAAAGUAAUGAGUUUGUCAGAGGGAAGGUAGAAAAGAUAAUUUGAUUCAGGAAAACACCAAACGAAGUCUUCAAAGUGAAAACAUCAUUAAUGCGGUGGACGAAUUAGACGACCAAGAUUUUAUCAAAUUUACGAGUGAGUUUCAAGGAAUUAUGGAAAAAUUUCAGAAAAUUACAAAGAAGCGAAAAAUGGAAAAGCAGGAGUAUUUUCAAAUAAAGAAAGAAAUUGAGUAAUCAUUAAAUUUGAACAUUUUUUUAGCUCACAAGUAUUUUGUCUUCUGUAUCUGUAUUGAAUUUUUAUUAUAGUUGUAUAGGCUUUACAAGAACGUUAGUUAAUUUAACAUUAUUCUAGAUUUUACUUGAUUAGCAAUAUUAGUAAUAUGUAUGCAUACUUAGGCUAUUUCUGAAUUUUAAAGUCAUGUUAUUUAUAGACUUUUAUAUCAGAGUUGUAUUUUUAUCUGGAUGUACUACGUCUUCGGCGAGGUUUAGAGGGGUUUUACCUUCGCCAUUUUACCAAUAAGGACGUCCCCUCCUUUGAUUUCCCAGAUAUUUAAUAAAAAAUAAAAACAUAUUAAACUA